AUGAAAGAUGAGGUGAAUGAUCCACGAAUGCCAGAGUCGCCAUGGACGAACAACUAUAUCUUCGUCUCGACAUCGUGCUUAAUAGGAGGCAGCCUGUUUGGACUGGUAUCUUUGGAGCAUGGAGGAAUCUUGAUGAAACAAGGGUACAAGGCGCUAUUACCAACUGUGGCGGAGGGCAUCGUUGGAGACCUGAAGAGGCGGCCCUUCGCGAUGUUCUGGACGUCAAAACAUGCAUAUACAUACUGGGUCGAAUACAGGGAGCUCCACGACUGUUCGUUCAAGCAGAAUCUCGAAUUCCUCUUCGUUUUCAACGGCCCAUGCCUCAAAUGUGAAGCCUUACGAGUACAGGUUACUCGAACCAGGUCAGAGUCGCUUGCUAGAGAUACUGCCAGGAACUGGGUCGAGGACUGCCACUUCAGGUCAAGGGUAAACAUGUACACAUUUCGCAUGCUACCCGAGUUCCUGGGUUUUACUGCAAUCUCCUAUAUCUGGGGCAAUGUCAACGACACCCGGACUGUCGCUGUUAUCAACUCAGAGUCCUUAGGCGGUCAAAGCCAGCUACGGAUAACUGCCAAUCUGCAUCACGCACUUUGUCAAGUUCAGAAAUUUGGUACUCCGGUCUGGGCCGAUGGGAUCUGCAUCAGCCAAAACGCCGAAUCGGGGGCUUUUCUCAGGGAGAAGGAACAGCAGGUGGAAAUGAUGGGGCAGAUUUACAGCGGUGCCCUAUAG